UGAGGGUGUCAGGUAUCGCGUCAUCCGUUACGUCAAAGGUCAGCGUGACACCUCGGCGAAGACUUCGUGACGUCACAGUUUGCCAAUCGAAGUGUGUGCCGGGGGGUACCGUGGUAGCAGGGGUGGUGGUGGUGGUGGCAGUGGUAUGUGGGUCCAUCAUUGGGUGACUGUUCUCGUGGCGUCACUGCUUCCUGGUGAACACUAUUUCGGACACCAGGGCAGCCCACGCAAAGCCCACCCUGGGUAUUCAGUCCUCAGUUAAGGUCAUUCCCCCCUGUCAGCGUGUCGCGGCCUCGGUCUUCAUAUUUACAGGCAGAUCAUAAAGUGCGUCGUGGCAGUAGCACCACCACCACCACCACCACCACCACCGUUUCCCUGGUGGCCCUCUUAUUCUUUCCCGCUUUGCAGAGGUCGUCUCGACUUUCCUAUAUGCUUUUAUUUUUUUACCAAUUUUUGGUAUUGGUUGAAGACAUUCUAUGUUCAGACUCGCGAUGUUGUACGCGGUGGUGUGGCUGGUGUUUGCGGGGCGGGCAGUGUGUGGCGAGGAGGGCACCGCGCGCCCCGAGGCCCUGGUGACGCCAAACGCUGAAAACUUGAGCAACCAAGCUGAGGCUGUCCAGGACCUGAGGGAGGCUGAUUACGUGGAGGAGAGUCCCCGAUACCACGCACCGCGUACUGACGCUGCAGAGGGCCGCCGCUCUCGCCACUCCCGCAACACAGAGGGACACUCGCCGGGCUGCUGCCCACGCCAUCUAGCGGGGGAGGUUAAGGAGCAGAGUCAAGACCAAUUACUUCACAAGGAAUUGGAACACCGCGCCAGACAGCGCCGCGCUCAGCAGUACAUCGGAAGGCUACAACGAGACAUGAUACUGCGCAGACAAGAAGCCUGCAGACAAAAGCGUCUGGAAAAGCGACUUUUGGAAGAAGAGCGACGAAAACAACAGCUUACAGCAGAGAAAGGUCGCAGGCAGCUGCAGCUUGAAGCGUGGUGUCGCGAACAACGUCACCGCAACAAACAAGUUUGUAGACAGCAUGGUUAUGGACGGCAGAGCCCCAGACAACAGCUGCUCGAACAGCAGCUUCAACAGAAACAUCAAAAACAACAGCUGAUUGAGCAGAAGCGUCGUGAAGAACGUCAUCGCAGACAACUGCCUCAACAGAAGCGUCGCAAAGAAAGGUUGCUUCAGCAGGAGCGUCGUAGACAGCAACGACGCAGGGAACAGCGCCGCAGACAACAAAUGCUUGAAAAGAAGCGUCGCAGACAACUGCAGCGUCGCAAGGAACAGCGUCGUAGACAGCAGCUGCUUGAAGAGAAGCGUAGCAGACAACAGCAGCCUCGUCGCAAAGAACAGCGUCGCAGAGAGCAGCAGCUUGAAGAAAGGCGUCGCAAAGAACAGCGUCGCAAAGAACAGCAUCGCAAAGAACAGCGUCGCAGAGAGCAGCAGCUUGAAGAAAGGCGUCGCAAAGAACAGCGUCGCAAAGGACAGCGUCGCAGAGAGCAGCAGCUUGAAGAAAGGCGUCGCAAAGAACAGCGUCGCAAAGGACAGCGUCGCAGAGAGCAGCAGCUUGAAGAAAGGCGUCGCAAAGAACAGCGUCGCAAAGAACAGCGUCGCAAAGAACAGCGUCGCAAAGAACAGCGUCGUAGAGAGCAGCAGUUUGAGGAAAGACGUCGCAGACAGCAGCGUCGCAAAGAACAGCGUAGCAAAGAACAGCGUCGCAAAGAACAGCGUCGUAGAGAGCAGCAGCUUGAGGAAAGACGUCGCAGGCUACAGCAGCGUCGCAAAGAACAGCGUAGCAAAGAACAGCGUCGCAAAGAACAGCGUCGUAGAGAGCAGCAGCUUGAGGAAAGACGUCGCAGACAGCAGCGUCGUCGCAAUAAACAGCGUCGCAAAGAGCAGCAGCAGCUUGAAAAGAAGCGUCGUCGCAGGGAACAGCGUCGCAGGAACAGCGUCGCAAAGAGCAGCAGCUUGAAGAGAAGCGUCGUCGCAGGGAAAAGCAGCGUCGCAGACAGAAGCUGCUUGAAAAGAAGCGUCGCAUACAGCAGCAGCGUGAACAACAGCGGCGUCAACAGCAGCGAGACAGACAAGGCGCGCUGGAACAACAGAAGCGUGAGAAGGAAAAGCUUUCUGAGCAAGCAAGAGUUGAGCGCAUGCGCCUCGAGCAGCUGCGCAUUGAACAGCUGCGUUUCGAUGAGAUGCGACUUGAGGAACGAAAACUCGAACAACGGAAGCUGGAGGAACAGCGCCAGGAACAAGAGCGUUUAGCGAAGCGGCACAUGGAGCAGCGGCGCCUGGAGCAGGAACGACUGGCGCAGCUGAGAUUGGAACAACAACGUAUUGAACAGGAGCGUCUGGCGCAAGAAAAGCUGCAGCAGAAGAGGUGUUGCCGUGAC